GUUCCAGCUUUGCGAUGGUCUGGGCCUGAACCUGGAAAAUGCUGCUGGCCCCCCAAGAAAGGUCCUCCUCAAGGAAGAGGACGGGGCCGAAUCGCUGGAAACAAUUUACAAGGAAGCCGAGUCCCAAGCCUGCCUUUGACCCUGACAAUGUGGAACACUGGAUUAAGAAGGUGGAGAAAGCCUCCGAAUUUGCAGUUUCAAAAGCAUUUUCUGCUACAAAUUCCAAUUUGUCCAGAAGGCUUUGGAGUGAAAUCAUAGAUUUGGAAACAUCUGAGCAAAUAGAGGAUCAUGAUGAAGUCUAUGCAGAAGCUCAGGAGCUAGUCAGUGACUGGUUAGACACCAAACUUAAGCAAGAACUAGCAAGUGAUGGUGAAGAUGAUGCUGAAGACACUGGGUCAAAUACCCUUCCUAUGCCAGAAGCCAGUGAUCAUUUGAAAUAUGACAAGUUUGAUGAGUUGUGUGGCUAUUUGGAGGAAGAAGAGGAAAGUACCACCGUUCAAAAAUUUAUAGACCAUCUGCUCCAUAAAAAAGUGGUGGAUUCUGGAAUGUUGGAAGAUCUUGGAAUGAAUGGAAACCAAGACAAGCAGCAGCAGAAGGAUCCUCGUCUUACCAUGGAGAUGAGACAUAAGCAGGUAAAAGAAAAUCGCAUGAGACGUGAGAAAGAACUGGAGCGCCAGAGAAUGGAGAAGACCCUGAAAAAAUCGGUCUUCUUAGAGGCUCAGUAUUUGGUGCAGGAAGAGAAGAAAAAGAAGGCUCUGGAGGCCAAGAAAGAGGAGGAGGAGAUUCAAAGGGAGAUGGUAAAGCUGCGGAGGGAGAUAAUUGAGAGGAGACGCACUGUGGAAGAAGCAUGGAAAAUAGAGAGGAAAAAGCAGGAAGAAAAUUCUCCAAAAAAUGCCAAAAAAGGCAUGUUUCAAAAUGAUUAUGUUCUUCUGGAUGAAGAAAAAAUGUCAAAAGAAAGAAAGAAGAAACUGAGAGAGUUAUUAAUCCAGACUUUUAAGGAAAAUCAUCAGUGUCAAAAACGAUAUUUCUCUGCCUGGCACAAGCUGAUUCUUGAUCAUAGGAUUAAGCUGGGAAAAGCUGGGACCCUGUCCGACUGGAAGUUUCAACUGAAGGUCCUGAGGGCCUGGAGAGACUACACCAGAUCCCAGAAGUUGGCACGGGAGACUGAAGCCAUGCAGAACGACCUUAGGGAAGAAAACAGAAAACAACAACUGGCCACUGAGUGUAACCGGAAACAGGUUCUCCGACACCACUUUACAGAAUGGCAGCGUUGGCACCGUGCGGAGAUCCUGAAGAGGGAGCUGGCUCUAGCAAAAGAGGAAACUAGGAAGAAAAUGAAUGAGCUGCUGGAGGCAGCCUCACGAGGGAAGCUCAGCACCAAGGGGUCAUCAGGCAUCAGUCUACUUGAGGAGGCAGCAGCUGUGGUGGAUCCAGCUGUAAGACAUGGAGAGGUGACUGCUGGGCCACCUCUGUGGGAAAAGCCUCCCUCAGGGAGCCAUGAUUGCAUGCCCAGCCCCCACCUAGGAAGACCAACAAAGAGUGACUUGCAGGUUCCCCUCCAGCAUGUCCCUCUGAACCCAUCUGAUAAUAAGCAGCACACGACCUGGGAUGCUGAGCCCUCCCAGCAGCCUGGUAGCAGCAAACAGCUCAGAACUACCAGCCAGAAAGCAGAAUCCAUGUGCUUGGGUCAUUUCCACAACCGCCAUGUCUUCCAGCAACUGUUAAUUGAAAAGCAAAAGAAGAAACUUCAGGAACAGCAGAAAACAAUUCUGGAGCUGAAGGAAAGCCAGCGGCUAGCAGAGGCUCAGUGGGCUGCAGAGCGAGCUGCAGCAGUCACUGAUUCCCAGAGCUGCCUGCUAUCGAAUCCCAGAAGAAAAGAACCCCAAAGAACCUACCAGAUGCUUCCAAAUUCGCCUGUUGCUUCCCCUGAGACUGAUGGUAGAGGAGGUGACUCCCCAAAUUCUCUCUCUGGACCCAGAAGGAACCCAAGGCAGCAGAAGGCACCCCACCCCAUACUAAAAGCCAUGGAAGAGAGAGCAGUUCAGCGAGCUGAACGUAGGCGGAUCUUGGCAGAGAGGAAGAAGAAACAAGAAGAGGACAAAUUGGCCCAGUUAAAGGCCCAAGAGGAGGAGCGUCAGAAGAGGGAAGCAGAAGAAAAGGAGGCUCAGCUUAAGAAAAAACGAGAAGAGAAGAGACUGCAGAAAAUGAAAGAACUAGAGAAGCAGAAGAGAAUUAAGAGGAACCAGCAGCUGGAAGCAGUAGCCAAAGAACAUUAUGAAAGGAUGUUGCUAAGGAAAAAAGGCCUGGAACCUUGGAAGAGAUUGAGACUGCAAAACAAGCAAAACAUCCAGGUGGCUGAAGAACAUCACUCUUUGGCUCUACAGAGAAAAUGCCUGCUGUCCUGGUUCCAGUACAGUCAGGAAAUCCUGGCUAGAAACACAGCCCGGGCUGAUCAGUUCUAUUGCCAAAUACUGCUUCGGAGAGUUAUCCGGAGCUGGCUACAGUACCUGACUGAUCUGGAGGAAAAAGUACAAAAACUGUGGGUACAUUUUCUUCAGAAGAAGAUGUUCAGGGCCUGGUUUAAUAUGGUCAGGGAGGCCCAGAUUGAUUUCCAGAGCAAGCAUGAGAUUGCAGUGGAACAUCAUGACAGGAGGAUUCUCUGGGUCACAUUUGAGACAUGGAAGAAGUUUGUGAAAUUUAUGAAAGAGGAAAGAAUAAAAGAAGAAAGGCGAGAGCAACUCCGUCGGAGGGUGGCUGAAAUUCUCCCAGACUUCCAGCCGCUCGCAUCCUGGUAACCCUCGGGCAGCAGAGACUGGCGCCAUGUGAGCGCGCAGG